AUGUCCUCCACAACACAAACUGCUACUCAUAGUAAUGGCACGGCUGGUGGUGCUGUAAUAAUCACAAGCCGGCUCUUCAUUCGGCCCUCCACCCUCGCCGACGCCCCGGAUAUGGCACGGCUAGCCAACAACCUCAAGAUAGCAGGGAACAUGCGGAACACCUUUCCCUCGCCUUAUCUGCUCGAGCAUGCCGAAUGCUGGCUCAAACUCUGCGUAAAAGAUCCGGGCAACAACUUCGCUGUUUGUAGAGCAAAGGACGGGGCUUACGUCGGCAAUAUGGGCAUCAUUCGGGGCAACGAUGUGCUGCAUCGCACCUGGGAGCUCGGCUACUGGAUUGGCGAGGAGUACUGGGGACAGGGCUUCGCAAGUGAGGCCUUGAUAGCUCUCUGCAGAUUCUGCUUCGAGAACAGCCCUGAACUCUUGAGGUUGGAGGCAUCCAUGUUUAGCACUAACACGGCGAGUCGGAGAGUGCUCGAGAAGGCUGGUUGGACACACGAAGGCACCAAGAGGCAAGCCGUUGAGAAGCAAGGCCGAGUCCUUGAUCUGUUGAUUUUCUCGAUUCUUAGACACGAGAGUCUCUCCUGA